CCAAAAAGCAGAUGGGGACGUGAAAGCGUUUUUAUUUUUUUAAUAGUUCAAAUAAGACCCGUCCUCUUUUCAGAGUUGGUACAGUCCAGUGUCCUCUGCCUUGCUGAGUGAAGAGCUGAAGGCCACGGCUAGGAGUAAACACAAGGCACCAUGGUCAACUACGCAGCUUUCGUGCGGACGCAUUGGGUGAACGUAUUCCUACCCAUCGGUGUGUUUUUGGGGAUGUACUUAGACAGUCUACAGGAACAGAAGCUGACAGGCUUCAGGAACAAAAGUGCUUUGUACAGCAGGGAGCUGAAGCCAGGUGAGGAGACAACCUGGAAGUAGACCACCCAGACCUGAACGGAGUCCUUUCAUCUGUGUUGCAAUGACUGAUGGGCGGCCCCUCAAAUCAGCAUAUUUAAGACUCUUCUAUUUCCUUUAAUGAGUUGUAUCAACCAAUAAAAACAUGUACUUUCCCAUCAAACCA